CCCGGUUCACUCCCAUCAAACUCGGGACGGAGAAAAAAAAAAAAUAAAAAAAAUAACAGACAGUGCAGAAAUCAAAGUCUGAGAUUGUCGAAGCCUCAGCACCGAACUCAGAUCUUAAUAUUGAUUUCAUGAAAGUUGGUGAAUAAUGGCAAGCUAUGCGGGUAAAGGAGCCCUCUCCAAUGGAUCUGUUUACAUCUGCAACCUGCCCAUUGGGACUGAUGAGAAUAUGCUUGCUGAAUAUUUUGGUACAAUUGGGUUAUUGAAGAAAGACAAGCGAACAGGUAGACCGAAAAUCUGGUUGUAUCGUGAUAAAUCGACGAAUGAGCCUAAAGGAGAUGCUACUGUGACAUAUGAGGAUCCACAUGCAGCUUUAGCGGCUGUUGAAUGGUUUGACAAUAAGGAUUUUCAUGGUAACAUCAUUGAAGUUCAUAUAGCUGAGUCCAAAAGUAAAGAUGAUGUCUCGUUUAAUGUGGGGGUCGAUCCGAUUGUUGUUGGUGAUACUCUUGAUUUUGAGGAAAAUGUUGGGGAUGGUAUGAACGGGGGCGGUGGAAGGGGGAGAGGUCGCGGUGAUGCUCCUCCAGGAAAAGCAUGGCAACAAGAGGGAGAUUGGCUGUGUCCAAAUACAAGUUGUACCAAUGUUAAUUUUGCAUUUCGUGGUGUGUGUAACCGGUGUGGAAGUGCCCGACCUUCUGGUGCUGCUGGCAGUGGUGCAGGCUCUAUAGGUCGUGGCAGGGGCCGUGGCACUGGCAACCAGGAAUCAGGAAGCAAUAGUCGUCCAGUUGGUGGCCCUACUGGUCUUUUUGGUCCAAAUGACUGGCCGUGUCCAAUGUGUGGUAACAUCAAUUGGGCAAAGCGCUCGAAAUGCAAUAUUUGUAACACAAACAAACCGGGUCACAAUGAGGGUGGCGUGAGAGGAGGGCGCGGUGGAGGUUACAAAGAACUUGAUGAAGAAGAGUUGGAGGAGAUUAAACGACGUCGGCGUGAAGCUGAAGAAGAUGAUGGUGAGAUGUAUGAUGAGUUUGGAAACCUUAAGAAGAAGUUUCGUGCUAAAUCCCAGCAAAUGGAAGCCGGUCAGAUAAUACCAGGUGCUGGGCGGGCUGGAUGGGAAUUCGAAGAACUAGGUGUAGUUGAGAAGGAUAGAAGGGAGAGAAGUAGAGACCAAGGAAGGGAAUGGAAUGACCGAGACCGAGACCGAGAUGGUAGCAGAAAUAAAGAAAGAGAACCUAGGGAAAGACAUCGGAGUCGAAGCAGAGAGCGGGACAGGGGUCGAGAUCGUGAUCGAGAUCGAGAGUAUGAUUUCGAGCGAGAUAAAGAACAUGGGAGGGAGAAGGAGCACCGGAGCAGGCACCGGUAUUGAAGACCUUGGAUUAAAACUUAUUGGCAGAACCUGGUGGGUCUCAUUUUUUAUGAAAGAUAUUCUAUUUUUGGUAUUAUUGUGAUUACAUCUUCUUGGCGCUUUUAAGAAUUCUAUGAGAAUACGAAUUGAAUUUGCAAAGCACUUGGAAUUGUUUGGCUGCCUUUUCACCACCAA